UCAUCAACAGAGCCCGUGAUCUACUGCACAAUAUUAUCAGCAGUGCUGAUCAGAGUUUCCAGAGUUGGGCAAGAGCUGACGGAGAGAGUCGAGCAGGUCAAAGGUUUAGACCGACGCUCAAUAAAUAGCAGAGCGGUGCCUGUCAUCACCACACCAGAGAAUAAACCCAACAGAACAGAAACCCUCCUCCAGUCCUGAAGAGAAGAUGAAGUGUGCACUCGUGGCUCUCGCUGUUGCAGUCGUCAUCGCAUGUGUGUGUGUCCUCCAGACCGGGGCCGUUCCCUUCACACAGCAGGUGCAGGAUGAGCCUCACGUGGAGAGAGAAACACCACAGGAGAACCAGCUCUGGACCGAAGCUGCGCAGGAACACACAAACCCACUGGCCUUGUUCAGGACUAAACGCCAGAGUCACCUGUCCCUGUGCCGAUACUGCUGUAACUGCUGUCGCAACAAAGGCUGUGGAUAUUGCUGUAAAUUCUGAUCGUUUGACGGAGUCCCGUGCGCUUGGGAAAAGAGUUUCUUUGAAAUAUUAACUUAUUUUGUCUUCAAAAUCCCUCCUGAAAUGACUCCCCCUGUCGCACAUGUUGUUUAAUACGGGUAUAAAUGCAGGCUGUCUCCACACACACACACACACACUGCUCUGUGACGCUACUGACAACAAACAGACAAGAGGAGGACUCACCUGCUGUUUUUGAAUGCUGUUAUGAUUUUAUAUAUUUUAUACAUGUAUAUAUAUAUAUUUUAGGCCUGUGUACAUAGACAUGUUACACCAAUGAUUGUUUAGUAUAAUGUGAAAACAUUUUUAAUAAAAUGAUUUUUAAACAUUGA